GCGCGCUAAAAAAUGCUGCCCAAUCGCCUACUGGCCAACCGUGCCUACUCCACAGCAAUAAAUCGAUUUCGUGUGGUGGAAGUUGGCGCGCGAGACGGUUUACAGGCCGAAAAGAAGUUCGUUCCCACCGAAAUCAAGGUCGAGCUCAUCGAUCGGCUCUCAGAGUGCGGAUUUCAAACGGUAGAGACGACAAGCUUCGUCUCACCGAAAUGGGUGCCCCAGUUGGCUGAUCACAACGAAAUUGUCAAGAAACAUCGGAGAUUUGAAGGUGUCUCCUACCCGGUUCUGGUUCCAAACGCCGCUGGCCUCAAAAACGCGCUCGCAACAGGAGUCGUCGAAGAGAUUGCCGUAUUUGGAGCAGCUUCAGACGCGUUUUCACUGAAAAAUGUGAAUUCCAAUGUGGAAGAUAGUCUGAAAAAGCUCAUGGAAGUCACAAAAAUCGCCCUCGAGAACAAUAUUCGAGUACGUGGCUACGUUUCAGUCGUCGUUGGAUGCCCGUAUCAGGGAGCUGUACAGCCGGAAAUGGUGGCCAGAGUCGCCGAGAAGCUUCUAGAAUCUGGGUGUUAUGAGGUCUCGCUGGGCGACACUAUUGGCGUUGGAACAGUGAAAACUGUGUCGAAAAUGCUGGAUACGGUGCUGAAAAGUGUGCCAGCCGAAAAACUCGCAGUUCAUUUCCACGACACAUACGGUCAAGCUCUCGCAAAUGUGCUCAUUUCCAUCGAAAAAGGCAUCCGAAGUGCGGAUUCAAGUAUCGCAGGGCUCGGUGGUUGCCCAUAUGCGAAAGGAGCAACUGGAAAUCUUGCAACUGAAGAUUUAUUGUAUUUUUUGAAAGGAAACGGUUUUGAAACUGGUGUCAAUUUGGACAAAGUUGUCGAAACUGCAAAAUGGUUUAAUGAAGCCGCCGGAUAUGAUAAAUGGUCGAGAGUUGGAGCUGCAAUGAUGGCUAAAAAGAGCAAAAGCUGCUGCUGAAAAUGUGUGCUGUAAAAAAUUUAAAAAAAUUUUUAAAAAUUCGUGUAAAAAUUACCCCGGUUGUUUAGGAAAUAAUAAAGAGAUUAGAGACUUUU